AAUGCCCGCGAUCCUAGUGAGGAUCAAGCGGUUCGAAAGAUGAAUGAAUGAAUGUAUGAAUGAACUCUAGAAUGCUAGCUGCGCUGAUGACCAUGUGUUAGGAUGACAUUUCAACUGAUUGUCAUUGACACAUCUGUUUGCACAUUCGCCAUACUUAUGUGCCGUAUACUUACUAAUGUUUUGCAAUACUGUAGUUUAAUAUCAGGACAUUCCACGGCCAAUUGUCGCUUUCAGCGUUAAUUUUUUUUUUUUUUAAAUAUUGAUAACUAUUCAAAAUCUUACACGAAGACCACGUGCACACGGCGGCUAACCACCUGCUCAGAAUGGAGGCCAAUGGUAUUUCAAUUCGGGUCAUUUUCACACGAUUGGAGCAUAUUUUAUCACGUCAAAAUAAAAACAGGCCCAAAAUUAGCAAGUAGAAGACUUACUGUGUGGUUGCUUUUAAUUAGGUUUCCAAGCAACCCUCCAUUGUCAAUGAAACAUGCAGCACUACCAUUUGCGGGACUAUGAGAUGAAGCUUCUUGGAGAGCUCCAGAGACAACAAAACCGCGCCGAGUUCUGUGAUACACUUUUGCAAACUGAGGGCAUUUCAGUGCCCACCCACAGCUGUGUUCUGGCUGCUUUUAGCCCUUACUUAUCUCAGAAGCUGUCAUCCACACCGUCUCCUCCAUCUGGGCAAAAACGCCAGCUCCAUCUUCAGUCUUUGAAGGCCCACACCCUUUUGAAGCUCGUUGGUCUACUCUAUUCAGGGGGGUUGGAGGUAAAUGGAAGCGUGGAAAAGAAUGAUGUGAUGGAUGCAGUCCAGAAGUUUGGGAUCGCACCCCUCAUAGAGAGACAGAGAAAUGAGUCUGCAAAGGACAUGGAAAUCCAGGAGAAUCGGGUCGGGAUUUGCAGUAAAUGUUGCACGUUAACAGUUGCUGUAACAGUUGCUGACAGAGAGUGUGCUAAUUUCAGUAUGAGGAAAGAUGCACAUGUGCAUCCCGAGGUGGCAGGACAGAAAGAUACACAUUGUUCAGCAAAGAAGAGAAGUUGUGUAUCCACUGGGACACAAACUCCAUUAGACAAUCAAACUCAUCCAGAAACUCUGGAACACUUCACAUUUCAAUCCCAAAACUUCCCUUUAGACGUGUAUGAAUCUAUUUCAUACCAACCCUCUGCCUCUACAAGUCCAACCGCAAAUGGCGAAGUGUACAGGAAUCAGUCCUGUAGUUCAAGCGAUCACACUUCCUUCUCUGAGAGGCUUCAGAAUGGAUGUUCUGAUUCUAGUGGCAGUGCCCUUGUGCUGACUCAAACAAAGGACCAGAAUAAGACAAGCAGAGAUGAAGCAAAGAAGAUGACAGAAGAUGAAAAUCCCAACUCAACAGAGAGGAGGCCUGCAUUUACCAAUAUAGCAAAGAAGAACCUGGCCAAGAUGAAACUGGUGAAGUCAACACAAAUUUCUUUUAAGGUGAAGCUGAGGAGGAGGAAGGCAAAAGAAAAACUAUGGGAGGUUGUGUCCAUUCAAGAUGAGGAUGAGACAACGUCAGGGUUCGCCCCUUUAUCUCAGGAGGCACACCCAACUGCAGCUCUGACGUCAGAUCACCAUGUUGCACAAGCUGAACCCAGUUGCUCGACUAAACUUCCAUCCCACCUCAGUACUAUACCUGGACCGUCACAUCACUUCAUUGAUGAUAGCGCUCCACACCAAAAUGGAACGCCUCCGCCAGCAUGUGUUCCACAGCCUCAGGGCCUUGCAGAAGAAUCUGAUGAGCAAAUACAAAAGCUGCUGGAGGACAUCAUGAUGGGUCUGAACAUUCUACCUGACUUGGGAGUUCCAGAUGGUGACACAGGGCAAAGUAAAAUACCUUCAGCCGAAUGUCAACAUUUCCAGAACAUUGUGGAACAAAGUGCCCAUACAUCAACAAAUGCAGCUCAGAAACAACUCGACUCCAAAAGUGUGCCACUUGGUGAAUCUAGCGGUGUGAAAAUCCCACAUCAACCGUUUCUUUUGGAUCCAUCCUCCGUGAGGCAAACAAAUCGACUGAGCCACCAUGAUCGAAAUUACCCACCAGUCCCGGAGCGGCAGCCCUUGUCUUUGCUUUCGCCGCCUUGGUUGAACGAUUUGCGGCUCCCGAGGUGCCUUUCUCCAAUCAAGUCUUUCCCUUCAGUAGGAAUGAAUGACCCAGUCGCUCGUAAUUGUCAGUUGCCUCACUGUGCAAGACCUCUGAUCCCAGAACAUUCUGGAUUACUGAUUUUUCACGGAGAACAUAAACAUCCCCAUUUAUUGAAGGCACGUCGAAACUCCCGGCCAAUGCAACGCCUGAAAAAGCCGGUGUGUGAACCACAGCAAAGCCUAAGCUGCACCCGACCUCGUAUUAAAAACAGGGCGAGAGUGUGUCCAACGGCUGCUGAGAGGAAAUCCUACCCCCAGAAGAUAAAGAAAACUUUAGUAUGUAAAAAUGCUGUUGCUAUGGAUGGCAAUGCACCUCCUAAAAAAAGGAAAGUCUGCAUUGAUUAUCCACAAGAUGCCACCGGUUCAAUCUGUGAUAGAAUUAAAAGCAAAACAACCAUGAGCAUUUGCUCGGUUAGUAUGUCACGAAACAAUGUCCUGGCAAAAGAAAGAAAUCUGGCCAAAGGUUCUGAAAAAUCACCGCCCAUUUUUUCGGCCAAACAGAACCAAGAGUCAACCGCAAAGAACCAUCUGAAAGAGAGAAGCAGAAACACGGUAUCUUCCAAAUCGGUGAGCUCAUGCCAAACCCGCCUCAAGACCACGGCGUUUAUGAAAACAACUCAAGUGCCUUCGAGUGUCACAUGCCCACAAAGUAUGCCAGAUACAAAGUCUGAGGCCCUGAGACCUUCUGUUGCAUCAAACCAAGUCGGUCUCUUCAAGCGGAAACGUGGGAGACCGUCAAAAAAGAGGAAGGCGUGUUUUUCUCCAAACACGGCCCCUGCUGUCAUAUUGAGUGACAACCAGAAGAACAUUGAAAAGGAAUUGUCAAAGAUCGACCUGGGAAAGAGUAACGUCGCAAAAGGAAAAAGACCCAAAAUGAGGAAUGGAAAAGGAGAGGAGGCCGUUACACUGAAAAGGGUUAAAAGCGCUGCUCAGCCUAGUGAGCAGUACAAUAAGCCCAAACAAACGGUUGCUUUCAAGGAAUUGCAGACGUUUCUGAAGGCCCACAACUUAAGAACGCAAGCAAAUGAAAGCCGAGAUGAUCAUGAAGACGUUGAUGUUAUUGAGCUUCAGGAAGAAUCCUCUGCCAACGUUAGUGUUGCUGUCAAUCAAACUGGCAGUCCCGUUCUCAACGAAUCGACCGAGGAGAAAGACUUGGGGAGGUCUUCUAGAAAGGCUGUCUUAAGUGACGCGCAUCCGUCGGCGAACGUGGUCAAGAGAUCAAUUCCUCAACAGUCCGAGGGGGACCAAACACAGACGACCCACAUGCAAGAAUUGAAUUCUGUUGUGGUGCCGCCUCAAAAUUACAAUCCAGGCUGCUCUCCUUGCGACAGGCAGCCAAGCCGGCAAAAUCAAAUGCCUUUGGAGCUCAAUGGGAACCCCCAAAUCGGUACAUGCCUACCUGCUACCACUGGGUCGCCAAAGAGCCCAGAAGGCAGCAAAGAAGGGACAAUCGAAGUAGACGUGUUGCUCUCCUCCCCAGAAAAAAUGCCUUUCACCUGGCAGCGCGAGUGCUUCGUCAGCGACACUGAUGCUACACAAAGUGACGAGGAAGGAGAAAUUGAUGUGACGGGCGAUGCCUGAUGUUCAUAUGUGUUCCUCCUUUUUGUUGUGUGAGUAGAGGUCAUUCCUAGUGUUCUCUGUGUUGUUGGACUUUUAUGCCUGUCAGAUGCCGAAUUUAGUGACUCUUUGUAUGAUAGGCUUUUAUAUAUAUCCUGUUGCGUGUUUUUGUUUGAGAAAUAUGGCAACACUAGUAUCUCACAUUUUCUUUGCAGUUUUGUUUCCAAUCCCUAAUCUGAAAAAGCAUGUAAAAUGUUGCUUGUUAUGUGUAAAAAUUGUUUUGUUUGAAAAGUGGUUGGGUACUGAAAUAAUUUUCCAUACUAAUACUGUAUGUGGAAAAAAAUAAGCCUGUAUUUACAAAAAACAAACCGUUAAUAAAUUUUGUUAUUGUUAA